AUGGAACUCUUGCAUCAUUAUAUGACGACCACUUCUUACACCUUGUCUCGGGCCCCGGCUGUCCAAGAAGUCUGGCGUGACGAGGUCCCUCGUAUUGCAUUCAAUAUGCCGGGUGUACUGCAUGCCAUGCUAGCCGUCUCGGCCCUACACCUUGCCUGUUCCGACCCAUCUCGGACAACAAGCUGCAUUGCCCGAGCGCAUUCGCAUCACAACGCCGCAGUCCAGGAUGUGACGCCGAAUGUACAAUGUCUCGCCUCCGAAAAUAGUGCCGGGUUGUUCAUAUUCUCGUCACUGACCUGCAUAUUUGCAUGCGCCAACGCCCAAUCCACCUUCCUUGUUUUGUUUGAACACGGGCAUCUUUCUGAAUGGGCUCUCCUUUUCCGCGGAGCCAAAACAGUCAUGGACUAUACUGGUCAAGAUUUCCAUGCGGGGCGGCUAGGUCCGAUGUUCAUGCACGGUACUAACAUAUCGAUGACUCGCCGAAGCGUCGAAGCGCUCCAACAGGGUCAGAUGUAUGUCCGAGAGCUGAAACAAAUGGUCUCCCGUGAGUGUUUGCACGACCUUGAACUUAGUCAUGUGUAUGAAGAGACUGUGGAGGGGUUAGCCAGGACAUUAGCAGUGGCUAUGAAACCCAUUGAGGGGCGGAUGCUCCAAACCUCUGAUGUAUUUGCUUGGUUGCUUGAGGUACCAAACACCUACCUGGAACUGCUGCGGCAAGAGGCACCUGUCGCAAUCAUCAUCUUUGGAUACUUCUGUGUGGCAUUAUGGAAGAUUGAAUCAAUGUGGUGGAUGAAAGGACUGAGCAGCCGGCUUAUGACACAAUUAAAUUCUGUGUUGAGUGAAGAUUACCGAGGCUGGUUGCAGUGGCCAAAAAAUCAGAUUGAUUGGAACUUGCCCAGAUCCGUAUAA